UAGCACCCAACUUCUGGGAACUGCGCCUGCUGGAAAGGGAACCGGCACCCAACGGCAGAGGCUGAUCCCACCGCGUCACGCGAUGGGCGUCACGAGACCACCGGCCGCCGCCUCGUGCCCAGGAAGACCCCUCGGCGAGUCUCCCUCCGCAGGACCGCGCUGAGCGCCGGGGCGAUGGCGAACUCCACCGAGAACCGCAGCAUCGGCUCCUGCUUCCGCGGCGCCAACGGCACGGAGGCGUACCGGGGCGACGCGGCCGCCUCGCCGUGGUUCUCCACCGUCUUCGGCUUGAUCGGCCUCUCCUCCAACCUGUUCGCCUUCUGCGUGCUGGUCAACUCCUCCAGGAAGAUGCACAGUCGGUCGCGGUCGUCUUUCCUGGUCUUCCUGUGCGGGCUGGUGGCCACGGACUUCAUGGGUCUCCUGCUCACUUUCUCCAUCGUGGUGCCGUACCACUUCACCCGCUUCGACUGGAGGCUGGUGGACCCCGGCUGCCACCUCUGUAGCUUCAUGGGCAUGGUGAUGGUCUUCUUCGGGGUGUGCCCUCUGCUCCUGGGAGCCACCAUGGCCGGAGAACGCUUCCUGGGCAUCAACCGGCCCUUCUCCCGCUCCGCGAAGAUGACCAAACGCCGGGCGUGGACCCUGGUGGGGCUGGUGUGGGCCGGGGGCUUCCUCCUGGGCCUGCUGCCCGUCUUCGGCCUGGGCGACUACACCCUGCAGUACCCCAACUCCUGGUGCUUCCUGACGCUGCUCCACGACCCCAGGAACGUGGCCUUCUGCCUCAUCUUCGCCCUCCUCGGCCUCUUCUGCGUGGGCCUCUCCUUCGUCCUGAACACCGUCAGCGUGGUCACCCUCUGCCGCGUCUACCACGACUCCGAGUCCGUCCAGCGGCGGCGAGACAGCGAGGUCGAGAUGAUGGUGCAACUGCUAGGCAUCAUGGUCAUCGCCAGCGUCUGUUGGCUCCCCCUGCUGAUCCUCAUCGCGCAGACGGCUCUCCAGGCUCCCCGUGGGGACUUCCGCCUCAACCAGAUCCCCCGGGACACCGAGAUCCGGCUGCUCAUCUACCUGCGGGUGGCGACCUGGAACCAGAUCCUGGAUCCCUGGGUCUACAUCCUCUUCCGGCGGGCGGUCCUGCGAAGGAUCUACCCCAGCUUCAAAGCCCGACCCUCCAUCGUCUCUCUGUACCCGGUGCUCAACCCUUCCCUGCGCCGAAAGUUCACCCAGGAAUCUGUGCUCCAGUAG